CAAUGGCAAUGGCAAUGGCAACCACCUUUUAUGUUCUCUGUUUCUUCCUAUCCGUGGCUCCCGUGCCAUUGCCUAAAUCAGACCAAAAUCUUUUGGAGUUCCCUUUGAAUUUAGAAUAUAUGGAAGCUGAGUUCUUUCUAUAUGGAUCCAUGGGUUUCGGUUUGGAUCACAUCCAACCCAAUCUUACUGGUGGCGGACCACCACCCAUCGGUGCACGCAAGGCAAAUCUUACUCCUUUAAUCACAGAUAUAAUCACCCAAUUCGGCUAUCAAGAAGUUGGUCACAUCAGGGCAAUAAAAAGCAGAAUAGGUGGUGGAUUUCGAAGACCACUCUUGAAUUUAAGCGCAGAAUCAUUUGGCGCAGUAAUAAACCAGGCAUUCGGCAAGCCCUUAUAUCCACUUUUCGAUCCCUAUGCCAACGAUAUCAAUUAUUUGCUUUCCUCCUACAUCAUCCCUUAUGUCGGUCUCACAGGUUAUGUUGGUGCAAAUCCAUACCUCCAAACUCCCACCGCAAAAAAGCUUGUAGCCGGUCUUUUGGGAGUUGAAUCAGGCCAGGAUGCAAUUCUUAGAAAUCUUCUUUACGAACGAGCAACACUAUGUGUAGUCCCAUAUGGUAUCACAGUAUUUGAUUUCACUAACAAAAUAUCAGAACUACGAAACAAGUUAGGUCGUGCAGGCCUAAAAGACGAAGGUCUUGUUGUCUCACCUUACCUAGGUGCUGAAGGGAAGGUAAAGGGAAAUGUUUUAUCUGCAGAUACAAACUCACUGUCGUAUGGUCGAACACCAAAAGAAAUACUUCGUAUCGUGUAUGGAAGUGGAAAAGAACAAGUUCCUGGAGGAUUUUACCCUCAUGGUGCUAAUGGGACUAUCGCUAGAAAAUAUUUAAAGGCCAAAAUAAAUUUAAAAGAAUGA